AUGGCAGCUGAAAAACAGCCUGAAACUGCGACUGGAGUCGGCGAGACCGACAUCUCCAAUGACCAGCCGGAUCAAAAUUCUGGAAUGACCGAGCAAUUAAAGGCUGCUCUCGAACAGAUUUUUCAUAACACAUCAACUGAAGUAGAAGUUGAAGUGACCGAUACGGUGAGCUCGAUCCCUCAAGAGCUGUUGAGGUUAGGAAAUGAAGGUGGACAUAACUUGCGAAAACCAUCCGCUUUCCGAUGGCGCCUGCGACACCAAAAAGAUGCUUCUCAACCAGCAUCACGCCUUGCUGAGAAAACAGACGAUGUUUUCAAACAUACUGAUACUACACCAUGGCUCCAGCUCGAUUUGAACGGUAAGAGAUCGUUUUGGGAGCGCAAGACUUCACCGGGCGAACUUGUCGAGAGCCAUACCCUUUCAAGUCCCACUACACCGCUUUGUAGUGAUAAUUCCUGGAUCAAGCACGAAAAGCCUCGCCCGGCUAACGCUGGGCUCUGCACUACAUUCACAAACGAGGUUAACAAGCCACUUGCAUCUCGAAUUGAGAAACUGAAAAGCUUGAACUUCCACAUGACUAAUUCUGAGGAAAAGGAUCAGACAGCGCAGACGCAAAAGGCGCAUCCUGAAUUACGAAAGCGGAAUAAAGAUGGAGCCAUUGAACCAACUCUGUCUGACAAAAUCGACGCUGCAGAGCUAGUACGAGACAGGCUGGACGCAAAGUUGAAGUCUACGUUAGCCAGCCAUGUAAGACUUCAAAAUCAGCUAGAUGACUUGUUAGGUAUGCACACCUCAGGAAGAUUGGGACAUAUGCCUGAGUUCGAUGCAGACUCGGCUACGACAUCAAGAGAGGUACCAAGAGAUGAUACAAUCCAAUUGCUCGACACGAAGAAUCCACGCUUGAUGGAGAUCUGGGCCUUUGACCACAUCAGCGUAGAUUGGGCAACGUCUCAAACACUCAAUCGCGCCUACACACUUGCACAUCAGCUUCGAGAUCAAAUCAACGAAGUCACAAUUAGUGCCUUGUAUCACAGGGCACAACCAGGCAGUGUUGAGGCAGAGCAGAUCGAUCAUAUCGUCUCGUACCUCGAGAACAAGCGAUAA